GCGCGGCCGGCGAGGAGGUGGUGUACUACCGCGUGCGCAGUUUCUCCAUCACGCCCAACGGCAUCUUCAACCUGGGCGACUCGUUCCGGUCGCGGCGCUCGCCGUCCGUCAACUCGGUCAGCUCGACGGGCUCCAGCCAGCACAGCCCCACCGACAGCCCGGGACCCCGAGAGCGCCUGCCCAGCUCGGCGUCGCAGGGCCAGCCGCAGCAGGCGUCGUCUGCGGGGGCGUCGGGCCUGUCGCUGGCGCAGGGCGGCGCCGGAGACGCGGCCGCCGACAUCCCGCGCUUCAAGGUCGCCAUGCUGGGCGCGUCCGGAGUCGGCAAAACGGCGCUCACCUGCCAGUUCACCACCUCGGAGUACAUCUGCGCCUACGACACCUCGCUCGAUGAGGAGUUCGGCCAGAAGACGGUGUCCGUGAUGCUCGAUGGACGCGAAGCCGAACUUGAAAUCGUCGACCACCCAGCCUCAGAGAUGUCGGUGGAGAGCUACUGCACGACGUACAACCCGGACGUGUUCGUGGUGGUAUACUCGGUAGUGGACCGCAAGACGCUCAAGGCAGCCGAGGACAUCCUGCUGUUCCUGUGGAAGAACGACUACGUUGCGUCGCGUGGCGUCAUCCUGGUGGGAAACAAGGCAGACCUGGAGAGGCGGCGGGAGGUGCCCAUGGCUGUGGGUCGGAAACUGGCCAACAGCUGUGGCUGCAAGUUCAUUGAGACAUCAAGCGGACUGGAUCAUAAUGUUGAUGAGCUGCUCGUGGGUAUCUUGGCCCAGGUUCAGUUGAACCCACAUCGUGACCGCCACAAGCUGCGCAAGGACAAGAAGCUGCGUUCCAGUGGCCGUCGCUUGCUCAGACACCUGUUGGGCAUUCGUCGGCAAGCCAGAUCAUGUGAAAAUCUGCUGGUACUAUAGUUCCAAUGACAAUGAUGCUCACAUCUGUGGUGUCAUAUAGUCAAUUGCAAAUUUCAUGAAGUCUUGUUUUGAUUUUGUAGCAAUUUCAUAAUGCAAUGUUGGGCAACAUACACCAGGAAACAUGUGAACACCACCAAAAACAAAAUGGCAUCAUUGAGGAUAUGUGGUUCUCUCACAUAUGAAACUGAUAAAGAAUGAAAGCACAUUACUCAAUGAAAAAUAUAUUAUUAACAUCAAUAGAGUUUGGAAAUGAAUAGUUUAGCCAGCAUUAUCAGAUGUCUCAUCAUUUCAGUGUCUGUUAAUUCACAGGACCUAUAUGUAACAUAAUUCUUAUUAUUUUCCAUCUGCCAUGAAAAGAAUGCAUGCAAAUCGGCCCACCUUACACUGAAAUAAGAUUACACAAUGACAUAUACGAUCUUUCGACAAUAGUAUUGGAUGAUACACUUUACACAGCAGGUCCUAGAAUUUUUUUCUGUGCCCUGCUUAAGAUUUUAAUGGCAUUCAGUAAUCUGUACAAUGGAUAUAAGAAGUAUAUGAGACAUAGACCUGUAAUGAAAUGUGGUCCGUCCACAAUACGGGUCCAUUAUAUUACAGUAGCAUGAUGUACAUGAUAAAAAGGAACGCACACACAAAACUAUUUUAAUAGGAAACCUGGCUUAAAUUCAAUACAGAAAUAAGCUAUUUGAUAAGCCACUUAUUUCUUACGUAAAACAUGUUAAAAAUAUUUCAUGCAAAUAGAAAUAGAAAAAGAUUUUACUUACUAGGAAAUAAGAUAUCAACAAAAACUACAGGUUAAACAAACAUUAUCUUGCUGUAUUAAGGACUCCUUCAUACCACAGGAGAUAGAAAAGAAUCAGAUGAAAUGACACUAAAAGUGCGUAUAAGGAACCAUCCAGGCCCAGAGGAUACAGCACGACAUAAUGAGAGAGACUCUAUAGUGAAAUAUUACCAACCAGUGGGAUCUUCAAGUCUCAUGAGAUAUUGCAGAAAGGAUCAGAAACCUAAGAGAGUAGUGAAGAACAGACUGAAAAUAGAAGCAUUGGCAGAAAGCAUGUACAGGGACAGGGGAAAUGGGAGAAGGGGAAAGUGGGAGAGGGAGCAUAAAACUUAAAACUUAAUAGCAACAGAGGAAAAUAGAAGGAAUCAGAGCAAAAGACACAUCUAGAGAAAUAAAAGAUAGCAAAAGAUAGCAAAUGAAAUAAAUGAAAUCCAAAAAAAUGUAAAUUCAUUUCAAAAGUUUAUUGCACAAAAGAAUAGUCUGUUAUUACAUAUUGGGAUCUAUGCCUAUAAACAAAAGAGUUUUUUAUGCUAUUUGUCACAUGACCACAAAGAAAUUUUAUACAUACCAUAAAAAUGAUGUCAUUUCCGUUUGUCUUUCUUUUACUAAAAAAUUCAAAAUUUUAGUUCUUUUUUUAAUAUUAUUUUGUCACUCACAGUCUUCAUUUUCUUUAGAGAUAAUGGUUUUGAAUCUGUAACAGCAAUGAACAUGCUACUCCGCCAAAUAAACUUUGUAAUAAAACCCACUUAACCAACAGAUUUCAAUGCUGAACUUGUCUUUAUCCAACUAUAAAAAAAUGUUAGCAAAAAGCUAUAAUUCAUCUAACAUCUGGAGAAAAGUUUACAUACUAAAAUAACGCAGGGCUCAGAAACAGAAGUGUUUAUCUCAUAUUAAAUUUCCAGUUAUCAGAGAAACUAAGAUAUUUUAUAUUUGAGUACCUGUACAAAAUUUGACUGUUGUUUCCAUUUGCUUAAACAGUUGAUGUAAUAAAGAUAGUAUUAUGGUGAUUUUAUUAUUUAGACAUUUGACCCAAGUGAUUGGCAGCAAACUAACCAAUCAGUUGUGAUGCCUCGUUUGAAGGCCAGAAUUAAUGACAAAGGGACCAGAUGAGCUGAUCAACAGCUCCUACUUUAAAUGUUGUGUUGCAAGUCAGAGAUGGACCACAGACUUUGCUUGUUUCUUGACUUUCUAAUUCUUCUUUGAAAGAAAUACUACGAGUAAGCGCUACCUUAAAUAAAAAUUUAACACAGUUGCCUCAUACAAUCAUUCAUUAAUGGACAGUUCCCAAUAUUCAUGAUAAAAAUAUUUUCGAUAACAUUUCUUGAUGAGAAUUUAUCUGAAUUUCUAUAUUCAUGGGGAAUGAUUACUGGAGUGUAUUCAAUAGCCUAUCACAAUAUUUUACAUACAUUCUGAAAUAUUUAUGUUUCAUCAUGACUUUCACUUGUCACAUAAAAACACAUUUACAUUUUUCAAUACCUUACUGAUUGAUUAAGGGACCAGAAAAAAAACCCACUGUAAACAACAUAUAGUCACACAACUCUGUGCAACUUUAAUAUACAAAAUUAUCCUUUCAAAUGUCAUUGGUGAGAAUGUUUUUAUGACAGAGCAGAAAUCGUAAAUCUGCCAUGCAUAUGAUCUGAGAAUUAUGUGCUAAGUUGACCCAAAUAUCCUACAAAACUAACUGUGUGGUAAAGGUGCCCGCAAAAGUUUUGUUGCAGCAGUGCCUAUAUGGGAACGGGAUCAUCAAAUAUAGUAAGCCUCCUGACUUUUUUCUACUUCAGAAGCCAUUGCUCAGCAUUCAUAGUGUUGGUCUAAAUAAAAAUAGCUAGAUCAUUGAAGGAACCACUUGAAUUUCUUUGUUCUUUUCAUAAGUGGAAAUAACAUAAAAAUGCCAUUUAAAGAACAUGAAUAUAUUCUAUGUUAUGAUAAAAAGUUACACUAAUAUAAAAACUGACAACUUAAAUGAAAAUUAUGCCUUUGGAAAUUAAAAUAACAUGUCAAACAGAUACAGGCCAUUUCUGAAUCAAAUUUUCACAUUGACGAACACACCUUCACAUUGAGUAUCAUCAGUAUAAGGUAAUAUUUCACACCUGUAUUUAUGAUGGAAACAAUUGUAGAUUGCCUGGUCAAUUAAUUCACAGUUUCAUCAACAAGAAAAUGAUUGUAAUAAAAUUAUGUUUGCUAUUUCCAUUACCAGAAACAGAACUAUCAAAAUUUCUUUAGUUUCAUUAAUGCAAAAACUGAAGCAGUAAGACACAAUAUACAUUUUCCAAUUUUAUAGCAUGAAGACAAUGACUCUCCAUUUACCAGAAUUAUGUAAAUGACUAUACGUGUUACAUUCAUUAUGGGUAUGUUGAUAAUUUCCAAGAAUAUUAUUCAGAAAAUGUGCAUCACUGCAAUUUAGUUUGAGUCUCAAAUCUUUACUAUUAAUCAUUUUUGUUUGAGUAAUAAUAGAAAAUUCUCAGAAUUUAUGGCAUACUGGAUAUGUCACUUAUAAAAAUAUUUUAUUUAUUUUCAUGGGACAUUGACACCCAACACCAUGACCAGAUAUGAAAAACCUCAGUAAUUAGUGUUCCCACUGUAUGUUUGAUAUGAUGUGUCAUUUCCUGCUGAAGGUGGGAGGAUUUGUUACAAAACACUGUCUCUACCUCAAAUAUUAAACUGAUUGUGACAGUAUAUUACAUGGUACCUUAUAAUUAAGUAUAUAGUCACUCUAGUGUAGUAACACAGUAUGUAUAGUUUAACUGAUAUUACUUUCUCAAUCUCUACCAAACAUUAAAAAUCAAAUCAAUAUGUACAUAAAAUAUUAAUGUAACUAAUUUUAAAGAAAGAAAAUCCACAGUUAUUUAAUGAACAUUUGCAAUGGCUUCUCCUAAUACUGUUGAAUUUUUUUUUUCUAAUUUCUAGAAUGCCACACAAGUUUAAUACUUGUGUAUUCCCUUUCAUCUCGAGCUGCACUCUAUAAUUGACAACUAAAGUCCAAUACGGAAAAAUGUUGCAUCAUAAAAAUCUUCACAGACAGAAAAUACCAUUAUAUACAACAUAAAUAUUAGAGUACCAUCCUCAUACCCUGCUGCUACCCAAAAUCUAAAGUCAGAAAAUGUGUCAGUGAUUAAACAAAUGUGUGCAACAAUAAAACAUGUUAAAAACAUAAACAGACAAACAACAUUAAAACACCUUGUAAUAAACUCUUUCAACAACUGUUCAGCAUAAAGUACACAAAAAAAGGAGAAUGAUAAUGCGCAUAAACUCAGUCAGAGCUGAAAAACUGGCAUACACAUUCUAACACAUAUGUAUCAAUGUGAGAGACUGUGGAAGAAAAAGAGAGAUGGAGAAAAAUAUUUUCCAUCAUUUUUAGAAAAUCUUAACUCUGAAAUAUGCUGAAAAUAAUUUGUAACUUGACGCAAAGCAGUCGUUUAUUUUUAUCUGGAAUCAGAAGCCUAACAAUGAAAUGUAUUUCAUGUAUUGAUUACAGCAAUUAUUGCUAAAAGUGCUUAACAACAGCAUGUACUACAGUAGUAGAAGAUUACAGCAAAUUUUAAAUGCUUGUAUAACUGUUUAAAUUCUCAUUUCACUAAGUACUACUGUAGUGGUUUCAUCGUAUUUACAACUCAUUCGAUGUAAGUUUUCACUUUUCAUUUAGUAUACACCAGUUAAAAUAAUAAAUGAAUAAUGUGCUUGGUGACAGAAUUCCUCAUGUUGCAUUCCACAUUCUUUUCUGUAAGUUCUAUACUUAAUUAUUUAGUAAUGAAUGUAAAUUUUUGAGUAAUUAUUCAGUAUGGUUUUUCAGAUAUUAAUGCCUGAAAUGUUUCAUUCACUUUAGUAAUGUUACAAGACAUUUUUAUGAUAUGUAUAUGUCACUUCAAUGUCAUGCUGCUGUGUUUGCUCCUUGCUCACUGAUCUGAAUGACCCACAAACAGCUUCUUUUGUAAUUUAUACAUUGACAUUGUUAACAACGUACAUUGUAUCUGGGACAGCUUGUUCCACUGGAACUUCACUUGAUGCUGAUAGGCUGUGUGUAUAUUAUUACUGAAUAUAUGACCAAAUGUAAACAAUAAUUGUUAUACAUGAUAUGAGAGAAAGAAAAACAGAUAAAACUUACUAUAAACAUUAUUUACAUGCAAUCUAUUGUCUUGCUAUGUAUUACACAUCAAAAUGAAAUAUGUUUAAUGUUACUCAUAAUAUUAUAAUUCUAUUUACUGUUACAUGAUGUGUAAGUACAGUCAUAAUUUUGGUGACAUAGUUGGGGACAUUACUGUAUGAAGUAUGUAUGUAGAUGCAUAUAUUUACAAAAUGUAACAGAUUAUUUGACAUAUAUUUAAUGGCAAACAAUGAGACACAUUAUCAUGGACGAUUCAGAUUACAAAUGAAAUAUCCAUUAAAUGGAAUGCAGUUUACUCCUCUUCACAAGUAACACUAAUAAUAUUAAAGUUAUGAAGAGGUAAGAAAUCUAAUACAUAAAUUUAAGUCAAUAUUGAUAGUUUUUAAAAAAAAGACUGUGUUUAACAUAUGAAGAUUUGUCUUCUUGAUAGUUAGAUUUCAUACAACCAAUAUUUUUUAUUUUGACUUUACUGUGGAAGUGUGUAACAGAUUCCUUCCUAGUGUAAAUGUACUUGUCUAUACGAAACAUAUUUACAAUGUGAACAUUUCAGUUCUGAAAAAUCUUGAGGCCAGUGUAAACACUUUUCUUUCAUUAAACCACAAGCUUUAAAAAUGAGAUGGAAGAUUUAUAUGUGUGUGUAUUACAGAGUUUUAAUAUAAGUGUACACAGUGAA